CAGCACAGAUUUGCUCUCGAUACAUACUCAGCUUUUCACUUUCCUUCUCUUCUUUUCAUUUGACACUAUUCCUCUGUUGUUGGAUCAUUUUCAUUUCUCUUCCUUAGUUUCUGGAUUCGUUUCUAUCACCUGGGUUCUGCUGUCUUUCUCUAGAGAUAUUUUCCACACUUUUCUGUCUGUCUUCUCCUGGCUAUGCAACAUGUUGUCCUCGCCUGCAGUCAUCCUGCAGCCGUAUGGUCUGCCUAUGUAUCCACAAACGUCCUGUUACCCCAGCCUAAUGCAGGGUGCUCCUGCUCAGGAGGCGGGGCCAGGCAGCAGUGACCCCGCCCUCCCUCAGGUCUAUGCCGCACCUCCUUCAUAUCCACCACCUGGACAAGCCCCACCCACUCCUGCAGCCAGACUCCCAACUCUUGAUUUUAGCUCCGCCCACUCCAGCUCUGAUUACCCAGACCACCAUCAGCUCCGAGUGUAUCAGAGCGCUCAGCAUGAGGGGGCGGAGCCUCUAACCGCUAAUAACACGGAGGAAGGUCUGGCUCCUGUGACCUCUGACCCCCAGCCUCUAAAUGUUCCUGUGGUGACAGGCGCUGGACCAGGAAGCAGCAGUGAAGAAGAGGGUUCUGGAAAAGCCCAACCCAAACGCCUUCAUGUCUCAAAUAUUCCCUUCAGAUUCCGUGAUCCUGACCUGAGACAGAUGUUUGGGCAAUUUGGCAAAAUCCUGGAUGUAGAGAUCAUCUUCAAUGAGAGAGGCUCAAAAGGUUUUGGCUUUGUUACAUUUGAGAACGCAUCAGAAGCUGAUCGAGCCCGAGAGAAACUUAACGGGACGAUCGUAGAGGGGAGAAAGAUCGAGGUGAACAACGCCACAGCCAGAGUGGUGACAAAGAAACCACAAACUCCUCUUGUUAAUACUGCAGGAUGGAAGAUUAAUCCUGUGAUGGGAGCAAUGUACGCUCCAGAACUCUAUACAGUGGCCAGCUUUCCUUACCCUGUUCCCACUGCCACACUGGCUUACAGAGGCUCUGCCCUGAGAGGGCGUGGUCGUGCUGUGUAUAACACUAUCCGCUCUGCUGCUGCAGCAGCCACGCCCACUGCCGUUCCAGCCUAUCCAGGGGUGGUCUACCAGGAAGGACUAUAUGGAACUGAAGUCUAUGGAGGAUAUCCUACUGCGUACAGAGUGGCUCAGUCUCCUUCAGCCACAGCUACAGCUGCAUACAGUGAUGGGUAUGGAAGAGUGUAUGCCACUGAUCCCUAUCAUCACUCUGUUGGUCCAACCACCACCUAUGGAGUCGGCACUAUGGCGAGUCUAUAUCGAGGAGGCUACAACCGCUUUACCCCAUACUGACUUCCGAACUGACUACUAGUGACCCCUAGAUGAUGAAAUGGUCAGAGCUUCAAUCAACCAAUGACCUGAAGAGAACCUGGGAGAAGCCACAAGCCACACUGACCUCAUACAUGGUGCUCACAAAGCUCACAGUGUCGUAGUUAGCGGUGAGCUGAGAAUAAACUACUGAAAGAGAAGAGUUCAGUACUGCUAGCUGUUAAGUCUCACCAUUUUAUUAUUAUUAUUAUUAUUGCUACCUUUUGUGCAAUUAGCAACACAGUGGUGUACGCUAAUGUGCUAAUCAUCCCACCUAGUUCAGGCGAACAAAGGAACUGCAAUCAGUCACUGGUCAGGAAAUGUGUGUGUGUGAUUAUGAUGUUAGCAGGAACAUGCUGAUGUGUUUGCAGUAUUACUACGAUAAAUAAUGACGUUCACUUUUAGCUUGUUGAAGAACAGGAUUAGGAUUUGGCCUUACAGGCCACAUAUUUUUCAACUAGAGUACAUCUUUUUCAUCAAAAGGGCGGCGCUUAAGUAAAAAUCUGA